CUGCUCUAAAAAACAGGCGCACCCCAUCAUCUUUCCACACCGCCUGCGAAGAGGGGCAAGCGCGGUGGAAGGCAUCAUCAAAUUCCCGACCUUCCCAUGACUGUGCGAGGUCUGUCGGGCACUCGGCCAUUCUACGACCCUCCUCGUCUUGUUUGGCCGGCAUCGGACGCUCUUGCCCACGUCGUAGCGGGUAGCUCUAGGGAGACUGUUCCCUUGCGGCUGGAGCUGGUGGGCCAGGUCGGGGUACAUUGGGAGUACAUAUGGAAGGGCCAUGCAAGUAACACAGGUGUUUACACGGCAUGUCACGAGGCCAUCAGUGGCUACCAGGCAUCUUUACGCCGGCCACCAAAGAGCUUCCUUUGUCCAAAUGUUGCAGUACAGCAUCGCAAGGGCCUAGGGCAACCAUGCGCGGUAAGGCCCAUCCCAUCGAGGGGCCUAGCGCCAAAAGAGGAGGGGGAGAAAAAGAAAAGGACCAUUGCAAGCAAGCCACCCAGAUGGUAUCCAUAUCACAGGGGACGAGUCACGACCAAGGAGUCAAGACUAGAAUUACGCUGCAACAGUGACACUUCCCAGAAGUCCCCAAAGUCCACCAAGGAGAAUCCAUAUAUGAUUUGGUUGGAGUCGGCUCACGGCAGGCAAGUGGCCUCCUCUUCUCGACACGCGUCACGCCUUCGAUAUAAACCUCGAGACACCAGGUCCUCCACCAUACCACUUAACUCCCUUACAGUCUUUAUCCUGUACCCCCUCCAAUCCGCUCGGGAAGCUCUUUAACAAUGUCCCCUUUCCUUGAGGCCGACACGGCGGUGCAGCGCUCCGAAGACAUCGCCAUUAUCGGGCUGGGCUGCCGCUUCCCCGGUGACGCCACCACACCUUCCAGGCUAUGGGACUUGCUUGUAGAGGGCCGGUCGGCCUGGUCACCCGUUCCAGCGUCCAAAUGGAACGCGGAAGCGCACUACCACCCCAGCAGCGAUCACGGCGGGAGCACUUGGAUCAAAGGCGGCCACUUCCUGCAGGAUGGCGCGCAAAAUGGGAAGGAAUUCGACGCGCUAUUCUUCAACAUCACUCGCACAGAGGCCAUGUCGAUGGACCUGCAGCAGCGGAUCGUGAUGGAGAAUGUAUACGAGGCGCUUGAAAACGCAGGUCUAAGGCUAGAGGAUGUGCGUGGCAGCCGGACGAGCGUCUUCGCGGGCGCCUUUACGGACGACUCACGGGCCGUUAUGAACGAGGACCCGGAUGUGGUGCUCAAGUUUAAGCCGACGGGCACGAGCAACUCUAUCAUUUCGAAUCGGGUCAGCUACUUUUAUGAUUUGCGGGGUACCAGCCUGACGCUUGACACAGCCUGCUCAUCGAGCCUGGUGGCUUUUGCGCUGGCCUGCCAGGACCUGCGCGCGGGCGCCAGCGCCAUGAGCAUCGUGACAGGAGUCAACGUCAUCGAGUCGCCCGAGACCAUGUACCGCAUGUCCAAUUUGGGCUUCCUAUCCCCUGAUGGUCGGUGUUUUUCUUUUGAUGCGCGCGCCAACGGCUAUUCGCGCGGUGAAGGUGUCGGAACCGUCAUACUCAAGCCUGUUGCCGCUGCCCUGCGUGAUGGCGACACCAUCCGCGCCGUCGUGCGCGGCUCGGGCACCAACCAGGAUGGUCAGGGCACCGGAGGCAUGACGCUGCCUAACAAAGCCGCCCAAGAGGCCCUGAUUCGCGACGUCUACGCCACCUACAGCCUCGACCUCGACCAAACGGGCUUCGUCGAAGCCCAUGCCACUGGCACGCCGGCUGGGGACCCUCUUGAGGCAGGAGCUAUUGCCUCUACCUUCAAGCGCGUUGGACCCAGUGCUGCAAGCAAGCCCCCGCUUUGGAUCGGGGCAGCCAAGACGAACCAUGGCCAUCUGGAGGGUGCAUCUGGUGUUGCGGCGAUUAUCAAGACUGUACUGACGUUGGAGAAAGGCAUUAUACCGCCUAAUAUCAACUUUGAAAAAUGCAAUCCCCGGAUCCCUGUGGACAAAUGGGGCAUUAAACUGCCGCUGGAACCAACACCCUUUCUUGGCGCAGACGGGCUCAGGAGAGCCAGCAUUAACAGCUUUGGUUUCGGGGGCACCAACGCGCACGCCGUCCUGGACGAUGCCGCCAGUUAUUUCAAGCAAAGGGGCUUGGGAGGCCGCCACGCCACCGAGGCCAUAUCAGAAACAUCCGCAGCGGCGCAGUCAGCAACACCUACGUCUACCUUCCCCAGCACCCACAAAGUCUUCCUGUUCUCGGCACACGACGAGGCCGGCAUCGACCGGGUGCUCUCCACGUACGCCAAACAUCUCGAGGCCGAAGCAUGCCCCAAGGACGACGCCUACCUCUCCAGCCUUGCCUACACCCUCUCGCAGCGCCGCUCGCGGCUUGCCUGGCGCGUCGCCGUCACGGCCGACUCUCACGCUUCCCUUGUGGUUGCACUCAAGGACUCGUCGACCAAAUCGCGUGCUGUCCGCACUAACGCGGCGAGCAAGCCGGCGCUGGGCUUCAUCUUUACGGGCCAGGGCGCGCAGUGGUUUGCCAUGGGCCGAGAGUUACUACCAUACGCCGUCUUCCGGGACAGCGUGGCCGCGGCGGACGCGUAUCUGAGAACGGUUGGCUGCGACUUUAGUAUACUGGAAGAGCUGACGCAGCGCGAUGCUGAAACGAGCCGCGUUGACGAACCGCUACUGUCACAGACGCUAUGCACCGUGCUUCAGGUGGCGCUUGUGGAGCUGCUGGCGAGCUGGGGCGCGGCCCCGAAACGCGUCGUCGGCCACUCGAGCGGCGAGAUCGCGGCGGCGUACGCUGCUGGAGCGCUUGACCGCGAAAGCGCCUGGCGCGUGGCCUACAGUCGCGGCGUUGUCAGCGGCCGCCCGUCCCCCUCCAAGGGUGCAAUGCUGGCCGUUGGCUGCUCGGCCGAUAGCGUGGCGCCCCUAUUCAAGGAGGUUGACGGAAAACUUGGUACUGGUGGCGAGCUGGUCAUCGCCUGCUACAACUCUCCUCGCAGUCUGACCAUCUCUGGCAACGAGGCCAAAAUCGACGAGCUACAGGCCGCGGCCGAAAAGAGCAAGCUGUUCGCCCGCAAGCUGCGCGUUAGCAGGGCCUACCAUUCGAGCCACAUGCAACCCGUGGCUGACGAGUAUUCGAAACUGAUGGGGUUGCUGACGCGACCAGCCGAGGCACCAGCCGGUGAGAAGGUGCAGGUGUUCUCGUCGGUCACAGGCAAAGCCAUCGACGUGUUAGAAAUGGCGCAGGCGACGUACUGGACACGAAACCUAGUUUCGCCCGUCCGGUUCCAGCAGGCAGUGCAUCAGCUCUGUACAACCAAUACCGCGAAACGCCAGCUCAAGGUAGGCGGCGGCGCCGAACUACCCGUGACGCAUCUGGUCGAGGUUGGCCCUCACGGCGCACUGCAGGGCGCCGUGCGCGAGACGCUGCUUAGUGACCCCAACCUCAAGGCGCUGCGCUACUUGUCGGUCCUGACGCGCGCUAAACAUGCCGCCGUCACGGCCCUCAACGCCGUAUCAACUCUUGCCGCCGCCGGCCACCCCAUCGAGCUCGCUGCUGUCAACAGGGAAAUUCGCAGCUCGUCAGCAGUGCUGACUGACCUACCGCCCUACCCAUUCCAUCAUGGCCCCGCGCAGGAGUACUGGUCCGAAUCGCGACGGAGCAAGGCGUGGCGCUUCCGCAAGCGCGCCCGGCACGACUUAUUGGGAGCCACGGUGCCCGACUGGAAUCCCGAGGAGCCCCGCUGGCGUAACUUUCUGCGCGUGUCGGAGCUGCCCUGGCUUAAAGAUCACAUAGUGACAGGCAGCAUCGUCGUUCCUGGUGUUUCAUACCUCAUCAUGGCCAUCGAGGGCAUCCGCCAGCUGUAUGAGGCGCGCGGUGACGGCGUGCUCAUCGGCUAUAACCUACGCGAUAUUAUUAUUUCCCGCGCGCUACAGGUGCAGGAGGCCGAGGACACCGAGGUGAUGCUGUCAAUGCGCCGGCUGGCUGAGUCGGCCCAGGCCGACAGCGCCGCAUGGUGGGAGUGGAAGGUGACGUCUUUCAGCCCUCAUGACGGCAGCUGGCUGGAGCACUGCCGCGGCCAGAUCGCCGCCGAGCUGGACUCGUCGGCCCAUAUCGCCACGGGGCCCAUCGACUCCGGUCGCGAGGCUGCCGAACGCACGCAGCUCUACCGACGCCUGCUGGCCGAGUCGACGGCGCUUUGCAACCACAAGUCCGCCAACAUCGCCCGCCAGUAUGCUGACCUCGAGCGUGUCGGGCUUGUGUUUGGUCCACUAUUCCGCAACAUUACAGCCGUGCAAAUGGCAGACCCGAGCGUGACAGGCCGCGUCGGACAGGCACUGGGCACGCUCGUGGUGCCCGACAUCGCCGCCGGCAUGCCGGCACGGGCGAUUUCGAGCCAUGUUGUGUGCCCGCCCGUCUUCGACUCCAUCAUCCAUCUGUUCCUUUUCGCCUUUCAGGGCUCAUCAACGUCAGACGGCCGGCCACUGACGGAGCCCAUGGUGCCCGUGGCCAUUAAGAGUGUGUGGAUUAGCGCCGACAUAGAGGCCGAAGCCGGCGCCCAGUUGCUUGUACAUUCAGCCGCCCAGUUGGCCAGCCACAAACGCUUUGGCGCUGACAUCACCGUUUGGAGCGGCGAGGCCGUCGACCGAGACAUCCGCCUGGUGCUGCGCGGGCUCGAGGCCGUGCCGCUGCAGGAAACCCAGGCCGGUGGUGGUGGCGAGGCCCGCGAAAUUUGUUUCGAUCUCGAGUGGGCGGCCGAUGUCGACCUGCUCGAGGAAACGGGCGCCACUGAAGCAGUUUUGCGGUCGGAGGUAGUGAGUGUUGAGGCGCCGACGGCGCGGGCGGCCAACCUAGAGCGCCUCAGGAAUCUACAGCUAGCCGCCGCCAUCUAUAUCAGCGAGGCCGUCGACGAUCUCGAGCGUAACCCGCUCACCGACGAAAAGGGGCUCCCGUCACAUCAGCAGCGUUACCUGGCGUGGCUACGACACCAGGCCGAAUUUUUUCACCAGGGCCGUCUCAUCCACCAGGACGAGUCGUGGAAGACCAUUAAGGGGUCUCCGGCCGAGCGGCAGCGCUUCCUUGAAGACUUCGAGGUCAACGGUGGUCCUGAAGGUCGACUCACCGCGCGCAUGGGGCGCAACAUUGUGCCCGGGUUGCGCGGGCUCGAGGGCGCCGACGCCCUGCAUCUUAUGUUUGGACUCGACGACCUGCUCGAAGAGUAUUACCGUGUCAUCCUGGGUACAGAACAGGUUCACACGCAGCUGGGCGCGUAUCUGCGACUGCUGGGUCACAAGCGCGGCGCCGACCUGCGUGUGCUUGAGAUCGGCGCCGGCACGGGCGGCACGUCGACUGCGGUGCUUGAGGCGCUGUGCCCAGGGGGUGGCCGCGCACAUGGCGACGCACGACUGCUGCGCUAUACCUACACCGACAUCAGCGCCGGCUUCUUCGAAAAAGCCGGGAACAAGUUCGCCAAAUGGAAGGUAGGCGGCGUACUCGAGUUCCGCGUGCUUGACGUCGAAAAGGAUAUCGAGGCCCAAGGGUUCGAUGACGGCGCCUACGACAUCAUCGUCGCCGCCAACGUGCUGCACGCCACAGCAGACCUAGCCAAAACGCUAGCCAACGUACGGCGCCUCCUGUCUCCCGGCGGCAAGCUGCUGCUGCAGGAGAUCACGCAGCCCGAAUUCGUCGCCGGCCCCCUGUGCUUCGGCCAACUGCCCGGCUGGUGGCUUAGCACCGAGAACUACCGGCCCUGGGGCCCGCUGUUGAGCAAUGAGGGAUGGGUUCGCGCCCUGCGGGAGAACGGCUUCUCCGAGAACGUCUUGGCGCUGAGCGACACGCCCGAGGCCAACCUGCACGCCCAGAGUCUCAUCAUCGCCACAGUCCCCACGGCUGCACUCACCCAGUCACCGAUCGAUGAGAAAGACAAAAUUGUGCGCGUCUUUGUGGUGGCGCAGACGUUAGAACCCGCGCAGCUCCUGUUCGCCGAAGACCUAGCACAAUCCCUACGAGGCAUCGGCGGCGCCGUGCCCGACGUCUCGGUCGUGGCCUUUGCCGACAUCGCCCAGCAGGGGACACUUAAACGGACGUGCGUAAUCGUGGCGCUCGAGCUUUUCUCGCCGCUCCUGGCCUCGGCCAUGACGCCUGACGAGUUCGAGACACUGCGGCAGCUCAUCACCACGGCCGGCGGUUUCCUCUGGCUAACGGGUGAUCCAUACGAGAGCCCCGACAUGGCCUUGAUAACCGGUCUGGUGCGUACACUGCGCUGGGAGCGCGACCUCGACAGCGCCGACCUCGUCACGCUCGGCCUACGCACGCCUUCAGUGGAGCAUGUUAAGACCGUGUACAGCCACCACUUCGUCGGCCACUGUCCGCCCACGGACCGGCACGCCGAGUAUCUCGUAUCGUCGGGCGACGUGCUGCAGAUCAACCGGCUUGUGGCCGCCAAGCCUGUCAAUGGCUUCAUCGCCCAACGCACGACGGUUCUGCCUCCGCAGCCGCAGGCCCUGGGCGCUGAUCCCACCCGCAGCCUGAUGCUAAGCACCUCUGCUCCGGGGCGGCUAGACCGGCUGCACUUUGUCGAUUGGCCCGCGUACCAGGAGCCGCUGCCCGCGGGCCAGAUCGAGGUUGAGAUCAAGGCCACAGGCCUCAACUUCCGCGAUGUCAUGGUGGCCAUGGGAGAGGUUGCCGCGGCCACGUUUGGGCAUGAGGGCGCGGGGGUCGUCACCAAAGUCGGCGCGGGCGUGGCCGAUGUCCAGAUUGGCGACAGGAUGCUGGUGCUCUCAGCUUUGCACGGCACUUUCCAGACGCACACGCGCAUCCCGCGCGACAUUGCCGCCAAGAUCCCCGAUAGCAUGACUUUUGAAGACGCCGCCGGCAUCCCCGUUAUCUUCUCGACGGCCUACUACUGCCUGUGCGAUGUAGCUCGCUUACGCAAGCGCGAGACGGUGCUGAUCCAUGCCGCCGCGGGAGGUGUCGGACAGGCCGCGAUCCAGAUUGCCAAAAACAUGGGCGCCACCGUCUUUGCGACCGUCUCGUCGGCUGAAAAGAAGCAGCUGCUUAUGCAGCACUACGGUAUUCCUGAGACGCACAUCUUCAGCAGCCGCGACCUGUCUUUUGCAGCUGGCGUGAUGCGCAUGACCGACGGUAGGGGCGUGGAUGUUAUCCUCAACUCGCUUGCUGGCGAGGCGCUCCGGGCGUCUUUCAACUGCAUCGCCACGUUUGGGCGCUUCAUCGAGAUUGGCAAGCGUGACAUUUUCGCCAACGGAAAGCUCGAUAUGUUCCCCUUUAGCCGCAGCGUCACCUUUGCCGCCUGCGACCUCUACACCAUCACCAAACUGGACACGGCCACGACGGCGCGCAUCCUGGUGACUGUGCUCGACAUGUUUGCUUCCGGCAAAGUGCAUGCUGCCAUGCCCCAGACGACCUACAGUUUUGCCCAGAUCGAGGAGGCCUUCCGGCUGCUACAGCAGGGUAAGCACAUGGGCAAGGUGGUCCUGACCGCCGACGCCGCAGACGUUGUUAAGGUGGUGCCCCGCCCGCCCGUCCCCACACGGCUCCGGCCAGACCGCACCUACCUGCUGCCGGGUGGCCUCGGCGGACUGGGACGGGCUAUCGCCAAGUGGAUGGCACAGCCACAACAGGGCGCCAAGAAUAUACUGUUUCUGUCGCGGUCUGGCGGCGAUGGCGACGUCGCCAGGGAGCUACUGGGCGAGCUCGAAGGCAUGGGCGUGCGAGCACGGGCGGCCAAGUGCGAUGUUGGCGACGAGGCGGAGCUCACCACCACCCUCAACACGGCUUCCCGCGACGGGUUCCCGCGCAUAGGGGGAGUAAUACAGGGCGCCAUGCAGCUCGUUGAUUCGGCCUUUGAGUUUAUGGACCAGCGGUCCUGGGAGGCGGCCUUGGCGCCCAAGGUCCGGGGCACGUGGAACCUGCACCGGCACACUCCCCCUGACGUCGACUUCUUCGUUAUGCUAUCGUCCAUCUGCGGUCUAGUAGGUAAUAGGGGCCAGGCCAACUAUGCGGCCGGCAACACGUUCCAGGACGCGCUAGCCGCCCACCGGCGCGCGCGCGGUCUCGCGGCCUCGACGCUGGACCUGGGCAACAUCCUGGGCGUCGGUUACAUUGCAGAGAACGCGGCGACGCUCAACGCGAACCCGCUCUUCUUCUUCGCCCACGACGGCGUGCGCGAGGACGAGUUCCUGAGCUUUAUCGAGUUCCACCUCGACGCGCAGCGGGCCUCGCGCCAACCGCUGGGCGCCCAGGUCGCCGUCGGGCUGGCGACCUCGGCCGACUUCAGGUCCCGGGGCCUGCCCGAGCCGACCUUCAUGAAGACGCCCCUCUUUACGCAGCUGCGGUCCGUGGGCGGCACCGGAGGGGGAGGAGACGACGGCGGCAAGGACGGCGGCGUCUCGGUGGCGCACGCGCUCAAGUUUGCCGACGGGCCCGAGGCGGCGGCGGCGCUGGUGCAGGACGCGCUCGUGGGCCGGCUGGCGCGGACCAUGACGAUCCCGCGCGACGACAUCGACGCCGCCCGGCCGAUCCACGCGUACGGCGUCGACUCGCUGGUAGCCAUGGAGUUCCGCAACUACAUCGGCUCCGACUGCGGCUACGACAUUGCAGUGCUGGACAUCAUGGGCAACAAGAGCAUUGCGGCGCUGAGUCGGGAGAUCGCGAACGGAAGUCGGCUGUGUCGGUUUGCCAAGGGAAAUAGCGAGGGGUUGAGUUGAGCGAUAUGGAUGUAUGAGUCGAAGGGAGACAUCGCGUAUUGGUUGGCGGAGCGGCCGUGGGCAGCUUCUAGCACACAUGGAACAAAGGCAGUCACGAAACCACCUCAGUCUGGGAUGUCCUAGCAGUACCGGUGAUGGGCUCGUACUAUAUGUAUCUGAGGGCCGGCGGCGUGGUUUAGGUCCAUCGAUAGGCCCAAUAACUUCAAUGUGGACUCGCUCGUCGACGCCUCGUGCAUUGAGCUGGCGAUGCCUUUGAACCCGAUUCCUGGUUUGUCUGCGGCUAGGCUGCAUCAACUCCACGGCGUGUUGAACAAUAGCUGGUCGAAGAUUGUAUCGGCCAUCUCGUCGGCCGGGCUCUUGCACUUGUCUAUCCAUCUUAGAAUCUCCACCAAUGGCCUAUGACCAAAGCCGGAGAUUUAUCCUCGGGCUUUUUGCAGUUCCUCUUCGCGAGCCACGGUCUUGUAUGCCUAUCUAAGGGCUGGUUAGGCGACUAGUCCCUAACAAUCGC